AUGGUUGAUGUUGCUGAUAAAUUAGCCUAUUUCCAAGCGAUUACAGGCUUAGAAGAUCCCGAAAUCUGCACCGAAAUCCUUGCCGCUCACGGUUGGGACCUCGAAUUAGCCGUUUCUUCGUUUACUGCCACCAAUUCGGAAUCCUCUGCUUCUGCCGCUGCCGAUGGUGGUGGUGGGGAUGCCCAUUUCGACCCACCGACGCGGGAAAUUCUUGAUAGACCGGAACAUCAAGAAAAUGCAGCUCCGGCUCCGAGUUUGGCUUGGAAAAUCAUAACGCUUCCGAUUUCUGUGAUUUCUGGUAGUUUAGGGCUUGUUUCGGGUGCUGUUGGUCUUGGAUUUUGGGCUGCUGGUGGUAUUCUUUCGUAUUCUCUUGGUGUGAUAGGUUUUGGGUCUGGUUCUGGUCGGAAUGCUGAGUCGUCGGCUCGGUUGGUUUCUGUAUCUGCUGCAGCAUCGGAGGCUAUUGAUUUUGUGUCGGCGUUUGAGAGGGAUUAUGGGAUGAUUAGGCCGAGUUUCGUUGGGGAAGGGUUCAUGGAUGCGUUGCAGCGUUCGAGAAACGCUUUUAAGCUCUUGUUUGUUUACUUGCACUCUCCUGAUCAUCCGGAUACGCCAUUUUUCUGUGAGAGGACCUUGUGUUCGGAGACUGUUGCUGCGUUUGUGAAUGAGAAUUUUGUUUCGUGGGGAGGGAGUAUUCGCGCUAGUGAAGGUUUUAAGAUGAGUAAUAGCUUGAAAGCUUCAAGAUACCCUUUUUGUGCUGUGGUUAUGGCUGCUACAAAUCAGAGGAUUGCACUGCUUCAGCAGGUUGAGGGACCAAAAACUGCUGAAGAAAUGCUAGUGAUUCUGCAGAGAGUUCUUGAAGAAAGUGCUCCUGUUUUGGUUUCGGCAAGGCUUGAUGCAGAAGAAAGAAGAAAUAACAUGCGAUUGAGAGAGGAACAAGAUGCUGCUUACAGAGCAGCUCUUGAAGCCGAUCAAGCCAGGGAACGACAAAGAAGAGAAGAGCAAGAGCGCCUUGAAAGGGAAGCUGCGGAAGCUGAGAAGAAAAGGAAAGAGGAGGAAGAGGCUCGUGAGAGAGCAGCUCGUGAAGCCGCAGAGAGAGAGGCUGCUUUAGCUAGACUGCGGCAGGAGAAAGCAAUGUCACUUGGUGCCGAACCAGAAAAAGGGCCUAAUGUUACACAAGUGUUGGUGCGGUUCCCUACUGGAGAACGCAAGGAACGGAGGUUUCACAGUACUGCUUCAAUCCAAACUCUCUACGAUUACGUUGAUUCCUUGGGUUGUUUGGAGGUUGAUAGUUAUAAUCUGGUAUCAAACUUCCCUCGAGUUGUUUAUGGUGCUGAUAAGCUGUCUAUGUCUUUGAAAGAAGCUGGACUGCAUCCUCAGGCAAGUCUUUUUGUGGACCUAACCUCAUGAAGUCAUAGAAUGGUGGAGUGUAGUUGAAGAUGAAAACUGAGAGAGAGAUUUUAUUGUAGCUUUUAUUUCAUUUUGAUUAGUGCUCCUUUGAUGACAGUAUUAAUAUUUCAGGUCUAUAGUAGAUAUAUAUGCCAUAUUGAGUAUAAUUUAUAGUGGUGGUUGGGGGGGAUGUUCCAAUAAUGACUUGAAUGAAAUUUCUUUGAACUUGUAAUUUUAGAUUUUGAGUCAUAUUUGAUAUCAUCUAUUCUACCUAUAAUUGUGCUCCCCUC